GACAGGCCCCCGGGCAUGUGUGCGGAGGACGUUUUCACCGACAAGGGAAUGGCAGCUCGCAUAAGCCAGAGCCGGCUCAAGGCCAAGGGCGUGGGCCAGCACCACAAGGCCCGGAACUACAGUAACCAGAGCUUUGGGGAGCUGCGAGCAGUCUGUCUGAGGAAGGGAGAGCUGUUCGAGGACCCCUUGUUCCCCGCCGAACCCAGUUCGCUUGGCUUCAAGGAACUGGGCCCCAACUCCAGAAAUGUGCAGGACAUCUGCUGGCAGCGGCCCAGUCAAAUCACGAGCAAUCCUCAGUUCAUCGUGGAUGGGGUCAGUGCGACAGACAUCUGCCAGGGGGUGCUCGGGGACUGCUGGCUGCUGGCUGCCAUCGGCUCCCUUACCACGUACCCCAAACUGCUGGACCGCGUGGUACCCAAGGGGCAGAGCUUCAAGAGAAACUAUGCUGGCAUCUUCCAUUUUCAGAUCUGGCAGUUUGGGCAAUGGGUGGAUGUGGUGGUGGAUGACCGGCUGCCCACAAAGAAUGGCAAGCUGGUGUUCGUGCACUCAGCAGAGCACGCUGAGUUCUGGAGCGCCCUGCUGGAGAAGGCGUACGCCAAGCUGAACGGGUCCUAUGAAGCACUGACAGGGGGCAACACAGUGGAAGGCUUUGAAGACUUCACAGGGGGCGUGACCCAGAGCCUCCAACUCCAGAGGCCCCCUCAGAACCUGCUGAGGACACUUAGGAAGGCCAUAGAGCGAUCCUCCCUCAUGGGCUGCUCCAUCGAAAUCACCAGCAAUAGUGACUUGGAAUCCUUGACCCAGAGGAUGCUGGUGAGAGGACACGCUUACUCAGUGACUGGCCUUCAGGAUGUCUUGUACAGAGGCAAGAUGGAAACAUUGAUUCGGGUCCGGAAUCCCUGGGGCCGGAUUGAGUGGAAUGGAGCCUGGAGUGACAAUGCCAGGGAGUGGGAAGAGGUGGCCCCAGACAUCCAGACACAGCUGCUACACAGGAAGGAGGACGGGGAGUUCUGGAUGUCCUACCAAGAUUUCCUGGACAACUUCACGCUCCUGGAGAUCUGCAACUUGAUGCCUGACCUGCUCUCUGGGGACCACGAUAGCAGUUGGCACACCACCUUCUACGAGGGCAGCUGGCGGAGGGGCAGCACUGCGGGGGGCUGCAGGAACCACCUGGACACAUUCUGGACCAACCCCCAGUUUAAGAUCUCUCUCCCCGAGGGGGAUGACGACACGGAGGAUAAUGAAGUCGUCUGCACCUGCCUGGUGGCCCUGAUGCAGAAGAACUGGAGGCAGGCGCGGCCCCUGGGAGCCCAGCUGCAGACCAUCGGCUUUGUCAUCUACACGGUCCCAAAGGAGUUUCAGAACAUCCAGGAUAUCCACUUGAAGAAGGACUUCUUCAUGAAGUAUCAGGAGCUUGGCUUCUCAGAGAUCUUCACCAACUCACGGGAGGUGAGCAGCCAUCUCCAGCUGCCGCCGGGGCAGUACAUCAUCAUUCCCUCCACCUUUGAGCCGCACAGGGACGCCGACUUCCUGCUUCGGGUCUUCACAGAGAAGCACAGCAAGUCCUGGGAGCUGGAUGAAGCCAACUAUGCUGAGCUGCUCCAAGAGGAGAACGUCUCUGAGAACGAUGUAAACCAGGACUUUGUACAUUUGUUUGAGAUAGUGGCAGGAGGAGAGGGCAAGGAGAUAGGUGUGUACCAGCUACAAAAGCUGCUCAACAAAGUGGCCUCCAAACUCACAAACCUCAAGACCAAGGGCUUCGGCCUGGACGUGUGCCGCUGUAUGGUCAACCUCAUGGAUAAAGAUGGCUCUGGCAAGCUGGGGCUCCUGGAGUUCCAGAUCCUGUGGAAAAAAAUCAAGAAAUGGACGGACAUCUUCCGAGAGUGUGAUGAGGACCACUCAGGCACCCUGAACUCCUAUGAGAUGCGCUUGGCCAUUGAAAAAGCAGGCAUCAAGCUGAGUAACAAGGUGACACAGGUGCUGGUGGCCAGGUAUGCAAAUGAGGACAUGAUCGUGGAUUUUGACAGUUUCAUCAGCUGUUUCCUGAAGCUGAAGGCUAUGUUCACAUACUUUCUAACCAUGGACCCCAAGAAUACUGGCCAUAUUCGCUUGAACCUGAAUGAGUGGCUGCAGAUAACCAUGUGGGGAUAG